ACUGUACGUCGCUGUCAGAUCGUUGUAGCUUUUCAGGACAGUACGAGAAGACCUCUUGAGAAGGAUACGCAUCACAAAGUUACACUCCAACAUCAAUCCGCGUCUUUUUUGUUGUUGUUGACAUCAUGAAAGCCAUCAGUCCCGUCCGUUCGGUGAGGAGCUGCUACAAGGCCGUGUGCUGCAUCUCGGAGCAGAACCUCGCCAUCAGCCGGAAUAAACACUCGUGUCUGGAGGAGCCGGUGGGCGCCCUGUGCGACAUGAACGACUGCUACUCCAAGCUGAAGGAGCUGGUGCCCAGUAUUCCGCAGAACAAGUCAGUGAGCCAGGUGGAGAUCCUGCAGCACGUCAUCGACUACAUCUUCGACCUGCAGAUCGCACUCGAGGCGGAGGACGCAGCGGCACCGGAGAUGGUCCUGUCAAUAAAGGCUGCAGAUCUUGCUCGUAAUUUCUCCAAAGAAGGAGGACGAUUGUGCCACUAGGCUAUUCUAAAGAUGACAGAUUGUGGUGCAGGGAAACACAUGUCUCCACUUCACUCCGGGCAAGAGGACAAGAGGGGCAGAAAGGGUGGGAUAGGUAUUUGGAGGAGAAGGAGAAGAAGCAGGAGGAGGAGGAGGGAGGUGGAGGGUUUAAAGAAAGAAAGAAAGAAACAAAAUACAGAAAACAGUGGAUUGUUUUCUAGAUGAGUGGGGAUCAGCAGUAAUGCAAGAGCAAGAAAACAGAGACUCAUUCUUUGGCCCUUGGAAAGACAAAUCAACACACCAAAGCAGAAGCCAGGAGUGGAAACUGAAGCAGAUCACCUUGAAAAGGACCUGGGACCCCCCUGUUAGUAGAAGUAGACAUAUUGGUACAACGUUCUGUUUUUGUCAUUUUGAAUAUCAGUGUUGCAUUCCAAACAAACUUUUCAUGGCUUAAACUCCACACCCAACCUGACCCCUGUCUACACAGAGUCUCACACCAUCUCACUUAAGUAUAUCCCUCCCUCUUAAUCUGAUUUGUAAUGAUCUGGAGACUGUUACAGCUUCAUGUGAUUGUGUACAUAUCUGCUGUGGGUAUGUAUGGUGUGAGUACUUCUGGAUGUUGGUAUUUUUUCUGAAUGGGAGUUUGGGUUUUCUUAGGUAUAAUCAGAACUCUAUAAUAGAGUUGAUUGUAACUGUUUGUAGGGAUUGUGUUAUUUCUACAGACAAUGUGUUGUGAGUUUUAUAAACUCUUUAUUAUAAGGUUUGCUUUGUAUGUAUGUUCUUAUGUAAUGAAAUAAACAAAACACAUGAAACAGU